GUGCCAAGUGCUAGUACGAUCAACCGAAUCCUACGGAACAAAGUAACGGAGACUGUCCGACCUAAAACUGAAAUACCUGAUCUCAAGCUUAAAGCUGAGCCGGAGGAGUGUCCACAACAGUCCUUCACGAUACCCCCAAACAUAAUGGGACAGGUUCCUACUAACUUCAACAGAGCCACUGAUUUCAACCCUUUCUUAGCAACAGAAGUGAGGAAGCGACCACGCAGACACAGGAGUGUCGGGGGCUGUGUUUACUCUUACAACAGAUCAGAGUCAGAUCCUUACAACCGUGUAAAGAUGGAUAGUAGUCCAACGGGAUCAUCAUUUGGAAAGAUGCACUCGCCGAGUUCAAGCUUGUCACCAGAUCAGCUUCACCCUUCCUCCAUAUCUCCACAAAGCACGGCACCCACCUCUCCUCUCCUCCCCAACCUUAUGACGUCCCCUAACACUAUGAUGACGUCACCAGCCUCAAUGAUGACGUCACCAGCCUCAAUGAUGACGUCACCAGCCUCGAUGAUGACGUCACCAGCGCCACAUGUAACGUCACCUCAGUCCCUAAUGACUUCAAGCAGCUCUCACGUGACCCCUGAAGCGCAGAUGGUGUCCUCAGCUCACGUUAUGAAUCACUCCAGUCCAGCAUUGAACCUUACAUCUCCAGGAAUAGAGCUCAACCCGAUCAGCUGCUCCUUCCCUACCAGAGAAACUCCUGACUCUCUCCUCACUGUGCUGACAAAUAGUGGAAGACAACACCCUCACCUGAGUUCUAUCCUGGGACAAAGCCCUUCCUCAAUCCCUGCCACCUCUCAAAAUGCGUCGUGUUGCUAUGGUAACGCAGGUGUAACGGGAUCAGGUGGGAGGAACAUUCAUUACAACGCAAGAGAACAGUGCUCCUCCUACUUCUACAACACCCACUCUGGGUCGUCCUCCAUCCCAUCUCACCCUAGUAACUCCCUCCCUCCUCCUUCACCCUCUCUCCCUCCUCCCGCCCCUCCCCCCAACCAACCUACCCCUCACUCAAGAGGAAGCAGCUCGUGGCUGGAGGACAAGUGGGCCUCCUCCAACCCUCCAGUAGUAGGAUGGACCCCGACCACCCCCAUCUGGGGCAACUCGCACCUCACUCCCGUGCCCCCAACUUACCAGCCCGCCUACUCGGGGGUUCCGCCCCCCUUUCAGCACGGCAUCCAGCCCCUUAUCUCCUCGCACAGACAAUCUCAGAACCUCUCAAGCGAUAUCAUCGACAAUUCGAGAGUCGCGUUCUGAGGACCUUCCUCCAAACGAGAGUGCUGGACUGCAGGUCAUACGUUUUAAUUUAUUUUUGAAAAGCAACAAUUUGAGUGGGGAUCAGCUCGAAAUUUGUUGUUUCCUAAAAAUGAAAGAGGAUGAUUGUCAAACAUUUAUCCGAUACCAUUUACUCAUACUGAUACAAUGUGAGAGAAAUGUUCAGUUCUUUUAU